AUGCCAUCGUCCACUCUGUCCUGCAGCCCUUUCGACCUACGGCAGGAAUCUAGGAGCGGUCCCCGACCAACAGCAUCAGCAUUGCCCAAGUCCAUCCUGAAACCCUCUUGCAGGAAACAAGUUUGUGUACUCCUCUCCGUAAGAAUACAGCAACUCACUCAUCCAGGGCGAGAGAAUACACGUGUUCUAAGCUGCCAACGUACUUCCUCACACACGAUGAGUCAGUACGAACACGCAAGGCGAAGACCCCGUGAACUUCAUCUCUAUUGGCUCGGCCAGGCGCAGUUCCUCUCAGCCCACGACAAAACUGUGAAAUCGAUGGCUCCGUCAGCUUCCAACCAUAAAACUAAGGACCGACGAUACAUAAAUUUGGAACUUACACAUUCUGAAUGA